CAUUGCUCAGGCUGAAAUGUGAGUGAAGGAAGGAAGAAGUCAGAGUGUUGUUUUCCCUUUUAUAAAACCGCAUUUACACACAAAAUAUCAAAUGUAAUCGGAUAAUUGAAGUAAAAAUCAGAUACAGGAUGUCCACAAUGUAUAAAUCACUAGCAAGUGUUGUAAGGGGUCCGGUGUCUCCGUUCCUCUGCCGGGCCAUGUCCAUGUACAAUCCACACUUUGUGGAGCCCGUGUUUCGCAAGGACCAGCAAGCGGUUCUCAAGGAGACUGGAGAGGCUGAAAAACUGGUUCAUGUUCGCGUGAAAGCGGCCCGAAAUAAUGAAACUUCUUCCGUGUUCUUCGACGAUCGUGUCCGGAAGUUCACGAACUACAUCAUGAAGGGCGGACGGAAGGAAUUGGCCAGAGAUCUGCUGUUCAAGUGCUUCGAGAACAUCAAGAGAAUCCAAUUGGAGCGAUAUAAUCUUGCUACAGCUGAGGAGAAGGAUAAAAUCAAGACGAAUCCCGUGGAUAUCUUCUACGAUGCCGUGGAAAAUUGUCGUCCGCUGCUCCAGCUGACGCCCAUCAAGAGAGGUGGGCAGUGGUAUCAAGUGCCUGUGCCCGUCACCGACAAUCGCUCAUACUUCCUGUCGAUGAAGUGGAUCCUCGAGGCGGCGAAGGAUAAAGAGCGCCGCGUUCAUCUUCCGGAGAAACUGGCGUGGGAAUUGCUAGACGCCGCUUCAUACCAGGGACGCGUAAUCAAGAGGAAGCAGGAUCUGCACAGGCAGUGCGAGGCAAACAGAGCAUACGCCCACUACAGAUGGAGCUAAAUGACCAGAAGAUGUAUUAAAUAGUCUGUUCUAUUUAGUGGGCCUAAACUAAGUCAUAG